AUGGAGGCUCCAUGUCCAGAUAAAAUUUGGCAAGAUGCAGGUGGUGCAUUUGCAAUUGGUUAUGUAUUGAUGGGUGUAGUUAAUAUAGGUUUAGGUUUCAAACGUUCACCACCAAAUAAAAGAGUUCUUUAUACAUUUGCAUUGCUUAGAAAGAAGUCACCAAAGUUUGGUGGUAAUUUUGCAAUUUGGGGUUCAUUAUUCUCUGGAUUCGAUUGUACAUUAUCAUACAUUAGAAAGACAGAGGAUACGGUUAAUCCAAUUGCAGCAGGUGCAUUAACUGGUGGUAUCUUGGCAGCAAGAUCAGGUUGGAAACAUUCAGUUCAAGCAGCCGCCUUUGGUGGUAUUUUCAUUGGUAUCAUCGAAGCUUUCCAACAUAUGAUGCAAAAGAGAAUGCAAGCUCAACAAGAAGAAAUGACUCAACAACAUUUAGAAGAAAGAAAAAGAUAUGAAGAAGAAAGAAAACAAAGAGAAGGUGAAAGAAAAAAAUUAAAUGAAAAUGGAAAAUCUAAAAAAAAUAAACAACAACAAAAUGGUGAAAAUGAUUUAGAUUAA